AUGUCUAACGAACAACUCGUCACCGUCGCAUAUCAAGAUCGCGUAGCGAUCGUGACCCUCAAUCGUCCUGACAAGCUAAAUGCCCUCAACCAGGACCUAUAUUACCUCCUAGCGGAGCGCCUGCGCGAGAUUGAACAGCGAAAUGAUAUCUUCAUCACCGUACUUACAGGGACAGGCCGCUUCUUCUCUGCCGGUGCCGAUGUGACCAGCACCCGCCCAGGAGGCGGCGAACUCAGCUCCGGCGCCCGCCGCGAGCUCGUCAAGGGAUUUGUCGCAAACAAUGUGGACGUAACCCGCACCUUCUACAACCAUUCCAAGAUCCUAGUUGUUGCACUGAAUGGUCCAGCCGUAGGACUCUCGGCAGCUCUGAUUGCCCAUGCGGACUUCAUAUACGCUGCCCCACACACAUUCAUCCUGACACCGUUCUCUUCACUCGGCCUUGUGGCCGAAGGUGGUGCGAGCCGCGCAUUUGUCGAGCGUCUGGGUAUCGCCAAGGCAAACGAGGCGCUGAUCAUGAGCAAGCGAAUUACCUGCGAGGAACUUGUUGCCACUGGAUUUGUCAACAAAGUCAUUUCUGCGCCAUCGGGCCAAAAGGAGGACUCGGAUGGUUUCUUGAAGAAGGUUCUUGAGGAGGUCGAUGAUCGUCUGGGAACCCAUCUGAACCAAACUAGUUUGCUGGGUAUCAAGGAGCUUGUUCGUCGACCUGAAAGAGAACUUCUGGAUCGCCAGAAUGGACUUGAGGCUUUUGCUGGUCUUGAGCGCUUCAUGGCGGGCUACCCACAGGAAGAGUUCCGGAAAUUGGCGUCCGGUGAGAAGAAACACAAGCUUUAG